AUGAGCAUAUUUCUUGCUGGAAAUCAAUUACCUAAUUCCGAGAAAUCUGAACCAUUUCAAGCUCAAGUUAAUUUGAAUCAUUCUCCAAAUCAUAUGAAGCAUAUUCUCAACAUGACAUCAGCGUUUAAGAGUCGUGACGAAGAUAAAAAGGAUUCGCGUUCUGGUUAUAGCAUUUCUCAUAUUUUGGAUAAAAAAGAAAAUAGUCCUGUGCCAAGUUCAUCCAGCAUAAGCGACGACGACAAUGAGAAUGGUUCAUCUGGAGUAUGUGCUUCUAUUGAAGAAGAACAAACAUCGCCGUCAGCCGCUUCUGAUGCCACGUCCAAUGUCUUUCCUCACUUUCUCUUCCCAACCUCAACAACUUUUGCAAUUCCCAAUAAUCUAGCUGAAGUGACAGCUACAGGAUCUUCUCUCCCUCUAAAUAACUCGGUUGAUUUGACUCAAAGUCAACAAAUUCAGAAUGCGUAUAUCAGCCUCUUAUUAGGACAACAGUUGAAUAAUGCGACUGGUGGCUCAUUGAGUCGGAUUUUGACAGCUGAUGGAAAUCGCAGCUUAAAUCCUUUCGGGUUGCUCUCGCACCUGCCAGCUGCAGCAGUAAAUGGCCUCGCCCGAGUGCCAAAUCCUCUCCAACUGUCACCAAGCAGUUUGACAUUACAGAAAAAGCAGAGUCGACCAACAUUCACAGGUCAUCAGAUAUUCAUGUUGGAGAAGAAGUUUGAACAGACAAAGUAUCUGGCAGGUUCAGAUCGAGCCCAAUUAGCACAAGAACUGAAUAUGAGUGAGAGUCAAGUGAAGGUUUGGUUCCAAAAUCGACGAACUAAGUGGAGAAAGAAGGAAGCUGCCGAUAAUGCUUUGGGAAAACGAUCUGAAGAUUCAAAAAGCCCAGAAGCUCUUACAAUACCCAAUUUCAUCACCUCAGCCAAUUGA